AUGUCGCGGGCCUACAACAAGAAUCCCAAGCAGACAUCAUCGAAGGCAUCAUCGUCUCAAAUCCCGGCACCGUUUACGAAAGCACCAGCGUCGAUCGAACCUUUCCUGACCAGACUUGAUCCGGCCAAAGUCCACAUCACACACAUCGAUCGCCUGCCGGCAGACCAGAAGCGGAAGAUCUUCUACAUCCCAGUCGUUCUGAAUGCAGUCAUUGCGUUACUGCUAACAUGGCGGAUCUACGUUGCUCUGCCCAAGUACUGGGCACUCGGCCAGACACUGCUUGGCUAUGUCACCUCAUACACGGUCAAUCCUGAGACGACGACACGAGGCCAGCAGAUCCGAAUCCUACUCCGACGAACGCUCAUGUUCGCCAUGGACUUCCUGCUCUUCCGCUUCAUCGGGCCUUGGCCUCUCACGUUCUUCGCCGAACAACCCGCCAAUCCGACCUCAUGGCGAUGGAAUCUAGGGUUCCAAAAAGAGGAAAUCAUCGUCCGAGUAAGCAGACACUGGGGAGCAGAAGAGCUCGUGCAAGGCGUAAAGCAAGGCGAGCAGAAUCCGUUCUUCAAGACGAGGAUUCUCCCGGCCAUUGAACCGGCGUUCAUGAGAAAGACGGGAUACUUGAUGAUGGAUAAGGACUGGGAUCUGGAGUUCGAAUUGAUGUUGGACGCACAUACUCUGGCAAAGCAGGGAGAGCUCGCGAUGGACGACCUGGACAAAUUGGUGCUCGCGUUCCAAGAAGGGACGGGGUGGCUCGCGUGGAGGUGGGAGGGAGCAGACGACGUGGUCGAGGGGAGGAGAAAGAAGGUGGUGGCUUUCAAAGAGACGCUCACCGCGAUGGGCAAGGAGAGCCUGUUCUGGAAAUGGACGGAGAUUGUGGAAGAGGAGCGGGAUGCGGACGGUGGCUUCACAAUCGAGAGGCAGGAAAAGGUCGCGAAGAGGGUGCAGCAUGAAUUCGAGAAGAAUGGCGUGGACUUUGACGAGGUGGUGAAGAGCAUAGGCGGACUUGGCGAGAUUUCCUCGAACGCUACUUGA